UGUUUCCUACUUAGGUUUUGUACAAUGAAAUAAGUAGAGACAUUUGCCGCUGUUAUAUUUCUCACUAUCUAGUGUUUUAUUAAUAAACUAGGAAAUUAUUUGCCUUGUAAGAUGUCUUUAAGAAGUGGGGCGUCAUCAUUAGAUGAUGAUUUACAAAAACAGAACGCGGAAAAUUGUGAAUCAACUUCUAAAGGGAAACAUUGCGACACUUAUGUUCAUGCACCUAUUGACAACUUUGGAGUAGGAGGGCGGUGGUUUCGUCACAAAUUACUCGAUGGAAUUUUAGUUGGAACUCCAGUCCUCCUUACUAUACAAGAACACAGGAGACCUUACUUGACUUACUUUAUGAAAAUGCUUAGUUUUCUUGGAACAGAGGAUUUCUACACGAUCCUGUUUCUACUUCUCAGCUGGAUUUUCGACGCAAGGCUUGGCCGACUAUUUGGAAUAUUAAUGGGCAUUGGUUUCUACACAACAGGAUAUUUAAAAACCUUAUUAUGUUUACCACGGCCUCCCAGACCACCUGUUAUACCAUUGGAAAAGGCCUAUGACUGGGCCCUACCAAGCCACCAUUCGCUAUUAGGAGUCAUAAUGCCUUGGUACAUUUGGUUGUAUUCAAAAGUUCAUUAUGAGUUAUCUACAAUUGAGAUGGGAGUUGUAUGCACACUUAUUGUUUUAUGUGAGUUUUUAUAUUACUAUGUUUGUAAAUCUGUUUGUAAAGUGAAGUUACAAUGUUUGUUGCAUAGGGAACCUCAUUGAUUAAUGUGGCGAAUGCAAUAUACUUUGGCUCUGCUUGU